AUGGCCUCAGAACAUGGAUCACCAGGAAGAGCUGUCACGGAUCGACAAAACGCCCAGCUGCACAAAACGCCCAGCGGGCACGAACAAGAAGGGAGUUCGGCGGAAAAGGCAUCAGAAACAUUGACUGAGGAGGUAGGCUGGGAUGGACCUAUGGAUCCUGCGCGACCAGCGAACUGGCGGAGGAAGAAAAAAUGGUGGAAUAUGGGCAUUAUCUCGUAUCUUACCUUCCUUACUCCCUUGACCUCGUCCAUUGACGCACCGGCACAAGGGCUCGUGAUGGGAGACUUCCAGUCAGCCAACAGGACUCUAGCCUCCUUCGUUGUCUCCAUCCACCUCAUCGGACCGCUGUUUCUCGCGCCAUUCUCCGAAAUGUUCGGUCGACUGCGCAUCUAUCAGGUGGGCACGUUGACAUUUACGAUCUGUAAUAUCGCCGGUGCUCUCGCCCCUAACAUCGGCGCGCUGCUGGUCUUUCGCCUGUUUGCCGGGAUUUCUGGGAGCAGUCCGGUCACACUGGGGGCAGGCUCUGUUGCGGAUAUGUUUGCUCGACAGGAGCGUGGAGUCGCCAUGUCCAUCUAUGGGCUGGGCCCCCUACUUGACCCUGUCUCCGGGAUCGCGGUCAUUCUUGUUUUCUCUGUCCUAUCUGAAUCCUAUGAACCAGUUCUAUUGCGACGAAAAGCGAAUCGCAUCAGACACGAGACUAGAUCCCAGGUGAACGCUGCACAAGCCCUAAAGCCAGACUCAAGGAAGGUUUCCACCCAAGCAAUAACCAGACCGACGAAGCUUCUCCUCUUCACCUCAAAUGUCGCCUUGUUCUCGCUAUACAGACACGAUUGUAACAAUUGUUUGUCAAUAAUAGGAGUGGUUUCUGGAUACCCCUACUUACUCUUCACCACCGUCACCGAAUUAUACGAAGCCACCUAUUAUUUCUGGCAAAGUGCCACCGGAUUCGUUUCCAUCGGCAUUGGCGUCGGAGCCCUCAUUGGUAUAUCUUGCUUUGGUGCUCUCUCCGACAAAAUCCAGAACCGGCUUAUUGCAAGAAAUAACGGCCAGGCAGAGCCCGAAUUUCGACUUCCGCCACUCAUUCCAGGAAGCCUCCUGAUCCCGAUAGGUCUCUUUUAG